AUGGUAGACCGUGAAUGGAUGUAUAGUGGUUGGUCUCGUGGGCAGCCUCCUUCUCAUGAGUGGAUUGAAAACACAAAUAAGUUUCUAGACCACGCAUUCUCUAUGUUGAGUCUGGUUGAAAAUGACACCAUUAAGUGCCCGUGUGCCUUUUGUCGAAACUAUGCUAGGCAUAAAAGGUUUGAUGUAGAGAUGCACUUGUGUAAACAUGGGUUUAGGGAUGACUACAAAAUAUGGACAUCACAUGGAGAGAGUCAUGUUGAAGUUGGAAGUGAUGAGAGUUCUGAGGAAGCUGAUCGCAUGGAUGAUAUGUUAGUUGACCUAGGUGUUAACCAUGGACCUACAAGUGACGAUGAGCUCACACCCUCAGCCCGGGCCUUUUAUAGGAUGGUUGCUAGUGCUGAUCAACUGGUCCAUGAAAACACAACACAUUCAUCUCUUUCUGCCGUGGCACGUUUGCUAGCUUUGAAAUCACAGUACAAUAUGUCAAUUGCACACUUUGAAGCAAACUUAGAGCUAAUCAACGAACUGCUGCCUCCAGAAUCUAAGGUUCCCAAGGACUUUUACCAGUCAAAGAAAUUAUUGGAGGGUCUAGGUAUGUCAUAUGUAAAAAUUGAUGUCUGCUAUAACAACUGCAUGCUUUACUACAAGGACAAUAAAAAUAAAGACAAUCAGUUCAAAUAUGUUGCUUAUAACCCUAAAGGCCUCAAGUAUCCCUCACAAGUGGGAGCUAUUCUGAAACGGGAGUACCCAGGCAUUAUCAAGAAGUUGUUUACAGUUCAACUGCGACAUAGGGUUCCUGCUGACAAAAUUUUAGAAGCAUAUCUAGUGAGAAGAGUAAGCAAUAUGGUGUAUCAACUCUGUCUGGAGGCUGUCAAGAUGUACUUUCACCUAAGGGAUGAGACAUGUGAUGAUACACGAGCACGUACCAUUGAACUUACGGAAGAACAGUACCUGACUUGUCGGUUGGAAUGGUGCAGUAAAUCAGCUUGGGCAUGGUUCUGCAAAUACUGGACUAGUGAUGAGUACAAGAGAAAGAGAAAGAUAGCCCAAGAUUGUUGCAUGAGUUCUGAAGAUAAUGCUCAAAAUAGAGGAGGUUCAAGGAAUUUUUUGGAGACACAACAACUCCUGGAACAUACUUUCGGUCCUGAGAAGAGUGGCACUUUAAAUACAUACGCUGUGAUGAAAACGGGAUUCAAAACUGUAGACAGCACUGGAAGGGCUAGUCCCAUCCCCAGCCAGAAAGCGCAAAAACGCUUGGAUGACUACAGACAACUAGUUUCAGAUGAGAAUUCACAAGAAUUGGAUGGAAAGGCGCUGCACAUUGUUGGAAACGGGAUGAAGCAUGGGCGUGUUCCAAUAGGCGAUGGUGCUGUGGACAAGGCAAUUGUUCUAAUACAUAGUAAAUCAGUAGGUUUUAAGCCAAUCAAUCCUACUGAUUAUGAUAGGGUGCUCAAAGAAAAUGAGCAGCUGAAAGAGACUAAUGGGAUACUCUUUGAAGAAAAUAGUGUUAAUCGUGCGUUGAUCAUGACAAUAUUGUUGCUUCCCCACAUGGUUGCUCCCACUCGAUUAAUGACAAAUAGCGGUGAGAACAUUGAUGAAAGAGAUGAUGAUGGAAACAACUUCCAUGAAGACGAUCAAGAUGGUGAUGGUGAAGAUGGUGAUGAUUCCGACUCCGAAGGAAAUGGUGAUGACGAUCCCGACAAAGAAAGGGAGGCGAUGAGGAAGCCUUGA